CCCCGCAGUACACCCAUGUGUGCAGCACCGACUGUGCGCCGGUCGAGACUAUGCGCGUGUGCACGGGAGCCAACACCUACUGCGCUUCCUCAUUGUGUGCUUCAUAUGGCUACAGCGCGGCUUCUAGUGCGUUCAGCCAUUGCAGCGUAUGCCUCACUGCUCAGAGCUACGCGACGCACAUGGUGCAAGCUUUCGAGUCACUCAGUAGUGACUGGGCCAGCGUUUGCACUGCUUACUCGGCACGGGAAAGCGCGACGAUGGCGGCCAUGAGCGCCAGCAGCGCAAGUGUAGCCAGCUCACGCUCCGCGGCCAGCGCGAGUGUCGCGAGCGCGGCGUCGCGAUCGAGGGGCAGCGCCACUAAGACGGAUGCUCCGAGCGCGAUGCUCGCUGCAGCGGUUGUAGGCGCCCUGGUGCUGUAGCUGUGAUGUACGCACCAUGAAGUUACGUGGUGUAAAUGCCUUGGAGAGUGAGACUGAG